AUGUCGGAACGCUCGUGUCCGGUAUCUGGAACCGCCGGUGGUCGUUGUCCAGUCGGUACGGGCAGCGUGAGAGGCAGUCAGUUAGGUCCCAGAGGUUGUUCCUUCUCAGGAUUUGCGCAACCUGGUGACGUUCGAACGGCGUUCAAUAUUCCGAACGGUGUCGAGACUGAAGAAUGGCUACGCAUGAGGGAGAGGAAGGCAAUCAAUGAGAUAUUAUAUUCCGACGUGCCGUCGACCAAAGAGUUGAAUGCAACAUCGAAUAUCGACGCAUUGACCGCUAAUGAGCAAGACCUUCUAGCAGUGGCUCUUGGAGCACCAGCUCGCCAGGUUCUUCUCAGAGCAGAAGAGAUUGGACGGCAGACUGGCUGGCGGGAUGGGUUUCUGAGUGCAGAAUUCGGCUUCGUUCCCCCUGAUAUGGAUGAGGCAGUGUCUGCAUUGGCAACCUCUCCAGGUCGAGUCUGGAGUGACCUGUGUGAGAGGAUGCCGGGUACCGUCUCUAGGGGCCGCUUUCGAGAGGCUGCCGCUGCAUUGCCGGUGAUCGAAGGGACAGAAGACGUUAUCCCGGAUGCCGCCUUGUGGCCAGCGCUGGUAGCCUUGGGCCUGCUGUGCUCUUUAUAUCGAUAUGAGGAAAAGCACGACGGCCAUGAAGGUGUGAGUGUUACUUCUGGGGUGAAGAGUACUCAUUUGGGUGACUGGGGUGAUGAUGUCCUCGAAGAAGUCAGAGGGUUGCCCAGGAGUAUCGGCCGUCCAUACUGCCAGAUCUCGAAGAGAAUGGGGAGGCCCAUCCCUCAUCUUACCUUUGUCGACCAGAGCAGUUACAAUGUUACAGUCAAGGAUCCUAAAUCAAAGCACCCAUAUGUUGGCAGGUUCGACAAUACAGAGUUGAGGUGGCCAAUAUUCGGUGAUCCUACAGAAAAGGCAUUUCUCAAGGGCUGUGCGGAUACGAGUGCUUCCUUCCAACAUGGCCCAGAUGCCAUCGCAGCUUGCCAGGAAGCUGUGAUGAAGAGAGACCAUGAAGCUCUAUUAAGAGAGAUGAUCAGGCUCAAGGAGAUCCUCGAACGAAUGCCGAACGCUUUCCAUACAAUCUCUCCGAAUCCGAGCUCAGGCGAGAAUUUUGUGUCUGGUGAUGAAUGGGUACGCUGGGCAAAAUUUAGUGCUCCAUUAUCGGCCCGGGCACCUGCGUCAAGCGGUCUCCAGUUUCCCCCAUACCUGCUCAUGGAUGCAUUCCUUGGUCGCAAGAAGUAUGAGUCUUUCCUGGGAGCCGAAGGUCUUCACUUGAGAGCUUGGGCACCAUCCAACCUACGAGCAUUCAUUGCAGCGGUCGAAUAUCACUACAGUAUUCCCGAGUUUGUCGCAAAGUCCGACGAUCCAAGGCUUCACGGUGUCAUGGAUGGUAUAGUAGAGGCUUAUACAGGAGAGAGAGGAUUCAUGGGAGUUCAUCGAUAUAAAGUUUUUGGUCUGCUCGAAGUUGCUGCCAAGACCGGCAGAACCGAGACAAACGGCAACUCUGGUCAGAGUGGAGUGAUAGUCCGGCCAUGGGAGGAAACUCACAAGCAAUUUUCCGAAGCCAUGAAGGAGCGCCUGGAGCCAUUCCGCGGCAAGAUCACCAGCGAACCACACGAGAUGCGCGGAACCUUCGAAGAGUGCCGAUUUCGAUCCAGAAUACUCACGAGACAAUUCGUCGACAACGACCCGAAACGAUCCAUCGCCAAGGUUACCUUAGAUCUUCAAGAUACCGGGAUCACUUUCCAACCCGGCGAUAGACUGGCAAUAAUGCCAUUGAAUAGCUGGGAAGAAUGUGCCAAAGUCGCCCUAGCCUUGGGGGUUGAGGAGAUGCUGGAUUCGCCGGUUGGACUCACGGGGAAGUGGCCUAGGUUCGCAGACCAUCUUGGCUCAGUGGCAAGACAACCUGCACCACAACUAGCCGUGAGGGAUAUAAUCAGGCGCGGUCAUUUGGCUCCCUUGACCCAAAGUCUCGUCUUAAAGGUUCACUCAAUGUUAAGAGCCUCGUCAAAUGUGGUCUUGCAGGUCCUUGCAACUAACGAAUGGCCUGUCCGCGGAUCUCUGGGAGACCUACUCCAGGCAGCAGUUGUUGAUACGCCAUCGCAUAUCUGGGACGAUGCUUUCGAUCUGUCAAGCAACCUGACUUGGCUUACUGACCUCAUAGAGAUCGAGAUACCAAGGACGUAUUCAAUCUCCAACUACCCAGACGAGCUGCUUCCUAGCACAUUAGAUUUGACGGUUUCGAGAGCCGAAUAUGAUCUUUGCGAUACAUUUGCAGGCAAUUCACCAUCCGUUAAGAGUGGUGUCAGUAGUGGAUUCCUUAAUCCUUCCCUCACAUCUAGCGAAGAAACACUGCCGAUUGAGGAGGACAUACUCAUUGGUAUCUCCCGUCCAGUGUCAUUCCAACUUCCCUUGGAUGGAGCUGCCCCUUGCGCAUACUUUGCUGGUGGCAGCGGAAUAGCGCCAUUCAGAAGCUUCUGGCAAGCUCGCGCGGGUCGCGCGGUAGGGCGUAACAUUCUUUAUCUCGGAGUGCAGUCCAGAGAGAAAUUCUGCUACGAAAAUGAACUUCGAGAAAUGGCUCAGGCUGGUCAAAUGGAAAUUCACACCGCUUUCUCGCGGGACUCGAGGGGCCUUGUCUUUGAUAGACGCUCUGGUGAGCUUAUGGAGAAGCACACGCCCCCGCGAUACAUCGAUUCCUUGAUUGUCGAGCAAGGAGACACUGUCUGCGACCUUGUUAUGAGCAAAAAGCAAGGUGGGCUUGGGGGCUAUCUUUACAUCUGCGGUUCGGUUUCGGUCUUCGACUCAGUUAUGGCAGGCAUUCGCAAGGCAAUCUACAACCAUCGGUCCACCACAAUGGAGUCUAGCGAGGCGAUCCUCGCCACUGCUUUUGCUGAAAGACGUGUCAUGCUAGACGUCUUCCUUACACCGAAGCCUCUUGCAGUUAACCUGCCCACAAUUCCCCAGUCUGAACUGGCACUUCACACUGGCCAUCGUCCAAACACGCCUGUGUGGAUCGGCGUACACGGCAAGGUGUAUGACGUGACGGACUUCGCACCCAUUCACCCAGGUGGCACCCUUAUCAUUCGUUCCAAUGCAGGAGUUGACUGCUCCAAGACUUUUGACGAUUUGGCACAUACAGGUAACCCUGAAGUGAGCAGUCUUCUCACCAGAUACUUCGUGGGGCUUUUGACACCCAAGCCCGAUUACCACGGUGUCGAAGAACUCAGUAACCUCUAUGAUAUGUGGCUAGGUUAUCUUCGCACAGUGGUAGAAACAUUGGUCGCUCAGCAGUUCCAAAUGUCGAGAUUUUUGGGUUCUGCUAUGGGUGAUCCUAUCGAUACUGACAACUGGUGGUUCCAGAACAGCGUCAACGGUAUUGACCUGAUCAACAUCAAGGGGAUUCGCAGUUUCUAUCAGUACCAAUCCAGACUUUUGCAAGGUGGUUUUUCAGCCAUGUUUGGUGCUAAACUACAGGAAUUGGUACUGAAGCUGAGCUUUUCUCUGGCAAACUCGUCCUCCGAUGGAGCGUCCACCAGACUGCCAGACGUUCUCGGUGCUGUAGCUAGGGCAAAGACUUCCGAGAAUGCUGUGGCAGUAUCAAGACAAGUGGCCCAGAUUGGCGAGUUUGUUCGUGACAGCAGUGGCGCACGUUUCAUGGAGAGAGGUAUUAUCGCCUACGCCAGCAAGUCUGUUGAGCUGGAUAUCUCUCUAUUGGAGGAUAUCCGGCAAGAAGCAUGCUAUGGUAUUGACGCCUUCGAGUCCAUUGCCGACAUUGAUCACGCGAAUGAUUCGCAGACCAUGACGACCUUGGCUUCUUUCCUGAUGCAGCUUCUCGAGCGCAUGGCGAAACGUCUCGAGAUAUUCUACUCCAAUCUAGCUCAACACUCCAUUGUACAACCCGCCAUCGAACGGAACCCUGCCAGAACCCGCUGGCAUAUUGUUAAACAGAGGAUCAAGGACGGCUCAAUCUUCAUUCUGGCCUCUCAAAACACAGUAAUGGGCGCGACUGCUUAUGUACCCGAGAAGGCACAGCAUAUUGUCAAUUUUGAUACAGUGUUGUCGCAUAUACACAAGACGCUUGCAGAAGCACCGCCACAGGAAGCACCAGCUACUUCAAAGCCAACAUUGAACUCGCUGCACACACAGCGCACGCUUGAACCGAAAAACGGCACAUCUGCCUUUGAGUCUCAUGCGAAUGGAACCGCGCUCCAUAACAUGUCAUCAUUUGUUGACAAGAACAUGCGGGCUAUCAGGAGACUCAGCAAGCUUCCACCUAUGCCUACGAACUUCGACAUCAUGGCUCAAAUGCACUCCACAUCAAGAGUAGGGGUUACCACACCGCCCUCAAGUCGUUCCUCUAGUCGUUCGCCCACGCGCAUGAUGCUGAGUCAGGGAGGCGGUCUCAACAUCAGAGGCAUGCCAAUGAUGCACCAAUCAUCGCCGGCGAUGGAUAGCUAUGCGAACAUUAUGAUGCCGAUUCCUGGCAUGCACACAGCUCAACAUCCACCAACACCACCUCUUGACGGGGCUGCAGCCAUCAAUUCCAUGAUGGGCAAGCUGAAUGUCAGGUCCAGGUCAACCAGCCGCGCGUCGUCGCCAGGUAUCAUGGGAAACAUCUCUCACACGCCUAGCAUGGAAGGGCGAAGCCAGAGCUUACACCUGCGUCAAACGUCUCAUCCUUUUGUGCCAGGUCAUCGCGCUAGGUCGUCAACAAGCACUUCGCUCCGGUCCUUCAAGCUAAGUCAACGAGGUGGCCAGGCACAAGCAAUCAAGGUGGCUCCGACAUUCUAG